CCCUCCCACCACGACUCCAUCAACCAACCAAUCCAGAGUUAUUCUGCCUUUGCAAGAAUCGCAGCUGACAACUACUCAGCUCUAGCUGUGGCCGGGAUCGACGCGGCAUGGAGCUGGAGCUCGGGCUGGCGCCGCCGACCAACACCGGCCGCCCCCUCGGCGGAGGGAAGAGGGGCUUCGGGGACGCGUUCGGGGAGGACGAGGAGCAGCGCAGGACGUCGACCACGACGCUGCCGCUCUUCGACGACGGCAGCAGCAGCAGCAGCUGCGACAGCGGCAGCGGCGGCGGAGUUGGGGGGAUGAACAAGAAGGCGCUGGUGGGGUGGCCGCCGGUGAGCUCCGCGCGCAGCAGGGCGUGCGGCAGGCACGUCAAGGUGUGGAAGGAGGGCGCGGCCAUCGGGCGGAAGGUGUACCUGCCCUUCCACGGCUCCUACGCCGACCUCCUCGCCACGCUCGCCCGCAUGUUCCCCGACCCCGCCGGUGACCGGGCGGCGGGCUGCCCUCACGCCAAAAGCGGCGAGAUGGUGGUCACCUACGAGGACGCCGACGGCGACUGGAUGCUGGUCGGCGACGUGCCGUGGGAGGAUUUCGCGCGCUCGGUGAAACGCCUCAAGAUUUUGCUCUGAAGAAACAAACAGAAUGGCACUCCUAGAUUUUGAGAAAUGUUUUCCCUUUCUCUUCUGUGAGAUUUCAGCUAUGAUGCAUCCUCACUGGCUGCUCAUGUUGUAGACAUCUUGUAACACUAUAAAUACACUUAUAAUAUAUACUACUACAACAUUUCCUC